AUGAAUUAUGCACUUAUCAGCCCUCCAAGACAGUUGGCCAAUUGCCAAGCCCCACCACAAGACGCAGAGGUCUGCACAGUCGACGAGGUGGAUUGUAGACAACCAUACAUGGAUUUCAUCCAAAAUGGCAAAUUACCCAGCGACAGGCAAACGACUCUAAAAAUUCGAAAGAAAGCGGCGAGUUUCUUCAUACAUGAUGGGAUCCUCUACCGCAGAAGCUACAGUAACGCGGUACUAAAGUGCUUAUCAGACGAAGAGGCUGCUGAAGUAAUGACUCGGUCACAGAAUACAGAACAUCAAGGGAUGCGGAAGUUGUUCCUGCAGCUCUAUGAAGGCAUGUUUUACUGGCCCACCAUAGAAAGCGAUACCGCGGAACACGUCAGAAAAUGCCAACCUAAUCAGAACACCCUACACCUUGCUGCAUAG